AAAACAGGGGAUCCCAUUUGUCCUCUUUGUUCUUGAGGGGACACGGAGGAAAACAAACCCGACUGUUUGUUUAGCUUUCACGUGUAGUUGUGGAAUGUCCUGGAGAAAGCCGGGUCCUGACCUUAUGUGUAGAAAGCCAAGCCUAAAAUGUUUGCCUGUCGCUAGGUAAUUUCUGCAUUAUUUCACAGGAUGUAUCCAAUGCUUGUUUUUAAAACUAGAAAACCAGACAGGCAAGUGCGUGCGUGCGUGCGCGCGCGCGCAUUGUCUUCUGUGUCCAACUAGCAGAAUUUACAGAGCACAUUAAACAGAUAUUAUGAGGGAAAUGAAGUAAUUUAAAGUGUAUUUGUGAAGACACGAAUAAAACCAAACGCCUGAAAGAUCAGAUCAACGUCCUGAAAACUGCCAAGUUGGACUGGAGUAUAGCUUGGCGAUAGAAUGAGUGAUAUCAUGUAGAAAAACAAAACAAAAGCAAACAACAACGAAAGAGAAAAAAAAAAAACCCUAACAUACUAGAAUUCAAAUAUCUCAUGGAGAAAUAAGGUAACUCUGGUUUAGCUGGGUGUGCCUGGGCUACAGGCAUCCUGUCUCAAGAAAAGAAAAAGUAAUAAUUCUGAUUUAAACAAAGCAGGGUUAGAGAGCAAAUAGUCCCUUGAUGGACAGUAUUAACAAAAAUAUAGAUAAAUAGACCCAUAUGGUGCUGCACGCCUUUAAUCCCAGGACUCAGGAGGCAGAGAAGGUGGAUGGAUCUCUGUGAGUUCGAGGCUAGCCUGGUCUACAGAAUGAGUUCCAGGACAGUCAGGGCUCCAUGGAAGGAAGAAAGAAGGAGAAUGAGUGGAUUGACUUUCAGGUCAACAAAAGCCCAUUGGACAGCGAACCUCAGCCGGCCGUGCUCUCAUGGACCUACUGGGUUAUUCGUGCCGCCAAGCCCUCCUUUGGACCCCGAGAAGAUCAAGGAGUUACAGCGCUUCAUUACCCUUUCCAAGAAACUCCUAGUGAUGACUGGCGCAGGAAUCUCCACGGAGUCUGGGAUCCCAGACUACAGGUCGGAAAAGGUGGGUCUUUACGCCCGCACGGACCGGAGACCCAUCCAGCAUAUCGAGUUCAUACGCAGUGCUCCAGUUCGUCAGCGGUACUGGGCCAGAAACUUUGUGGGCUGGCCUCAGUUCUCCUCUCACCAACCCAACCCAGCACAUUGGGCCUUGAGCAACUGGGAGAAACUGGGGAAGCUGCACUGGUUGGUGACUCAGAAUGUGGAUGCUCUGCACUCCAAGGCGGGGAACCAGCGGCUGACAGAGCUCCAUGGAUGCAUGCACAGAGUCCUGUGCCUGAGCUGUGGGGAACAGACUCCCCGCAGGGUACUGCAGGAACGCUUCCAAGUCCUGAACCCCAGCUGGAGCGCUGAGGCGCAGGGCGUGGCCCCCGACGGCGAUGUGUUCCUCACUGAGGAGCAGGUCCGGAGCUUUCAGGUCCCGUCCUGUGAUCGGUGCGGAGGUCCUCUGAAACCAGAUGUCGUUUUCUUUGGGGACACAGUGAACCCAGACAAGGUUGACUUUGUGCACAGGCGCGUGAAAGAGGCUGAUUCGCUACUGGUGGUCGGAUCGUCCCUGCAGGUGUACUCUGGUUACCGGUUCAUCCUCACCGCCCGGGAGAAGAAGCUUCCUAUUGCCAUUCUGAACAUUGGACCCACUAGGUCGGAUGACUUGGCCUGCCUGAAGCUGGAUUCCCGCUGCGGAGAGUUGUUGCCUUUAAUAAAUCCACAGUGACCGAGGUCUGGUGCUCAGAGUCUGGGAAUGGAGUUUCCGCUGAGUCCUGCUGCUAAAGAUCUCUAAAGUUUCUUCCCUUGCAUUCAAAUUAAUGGAGGCUGACUGUGCCCUAUACAGGGCAUAAAGCAAUAUCUGCAGGCCAGUCCACCAGUGCACACCCCUGUUUACAGAUAGCUGUCAGAGUCCUCAUGCAGAUGAGAUCUGCCCUCCUAAGAAGGACUUUAAAGAAGCAGCUGUUCUUGACGGCACAACUGUGCCACCUUCCUUUUCAUCCCACCGGGAAGAAGGAACAUCUGGGAAGUCCAUGAGCCAGCGUGGUCUGUGGAGGCCGCCAUUGAGACCUCACUGAUUCAGGGAAGAACCAGAAGAGCAUCUAUAACUGACUUCUGAUUCCACAUGGCUGUGUCUGACUGAAGCACCUUGAUAUUUUAACAGCAUGAGCAACAGCAUAAUGAAAUUUUAUUAACCGAACAAUAAAUUAUUUUAAAUAGCGUA